AUGGAUUCCAAAGGCAUCAAUUUUUCAGUUAUAGCACUUUUUGCUUGCCUGAUUUUAUCAUUUUCAUCAUCUAUUCUUGCCUAUCGAACACCAUGGCCACCAAUUAAAGUAGGCUACUAUAGAUAUAGUUGUCCCCCUGCUGAAGCAAUCAUUAAAAAUGUUGUAAACAAAGCUGUGUCUCGUAAUCCAGGCAUUGCUGCUGGCCUUAUCAGGUUACAUUUUCACGACUGCUUCGUCAGGGGAUGUGAUGCAUCGGUGUUAUUGGAUGGACCAAAUUCCGAGAAGGAAGGUAUUCCAAACAAGAACAGUUUACGAGGUUUCGAGGUGGUUGAUGCUGCUAAAGCACAACUUGAGGCUGCAUGCCCUGGAACUGUCUCGUGUGCAGACAUACUUGCAUAUGCUGCUCGGGACAGUUCCUACAAAGUAGGGAAAAUAUAUUAUAAUGUCCGAGCUGGACGUCGUGAUGGUCGUGUUUCUAUUGAUUCUGAAACAUUGGCCAAUCUUCCUUCUCCAUUCGUCGGUGCCAGGGAACUCAUCCAAAAUUUUGCCAGAAAAGGUAUGUCAGCUGAUGAAAUGGUAACCCUAUCUGGCGCGCAUUCUAUUGGUAUUGCACAUUGUGCUGUUUUUGCUAACCGUUUGUACCCUCAAAACAACCAACAAAAUUUGCCAAUUGAUCCUGAAUAUGCAAACUUCUUGAAGUCCAUUUGUCCACCAGAAGCACUUACAAAUGGGACAGGAGUUGCUAAUCCCGCGAACCUUGAUGUCUUCACACCAAACAAGUUGGAUAACAAAUACUAUUUGGCUUUAAAGAGUCAAAAGGGACUGUUGGUUUCAGAUCAAACAUUGAUGGCACACCCUACAACUGCUAAGAUGGUGAACUACAAUGCUAGAUAUGGUUCGGUUUGGGCUAAGAAAUAUGCAGCUGCAAUGAUUCAUAUGGGUACUUUGGAUGUCCUGACAGGCCGAAAGGGAGAAAUCAGGAGGAACUGUCACUUCGUGAACUAAUUAACAUCUCUAUCUUUUGAAAAGUUUUUCAUUAUAUUUUCAACGUUUCCAUCCUAUUCAAGCUGCAAGGAUGGUUCAAUGCUUGUUCAAUGUAAUUUUUUUUUUGCUUUUUUCUUCCCAAUGUUUGUGCAAUUGUGUAUUUGUUUUUUCCUAAUGUUUAUCCAAUUGAUUUAAAGGAUUUUUUUUAUUGAAUAAUUUUUAAUGAUUUAUGUAGCAUAAGUUUUUGUCCAACUUAAUACUUUACUUUUAUAGAAAUUGCCUCAAAAUUAAAUAUUCAUAAA